UCGAAAGUUAGUCCCUUUUAUCGAUUUAUGACAGAUCAACAUCCAAUAAUGUCCGAAUACACUGCAGUGAAGAGUAGCAAACUAGUACUUAAGGGAGAAAGCUCCAAGAGCUCCAAACGUAAGCACAAAAAGCACAAGAAAGAAAGUAAAGAAGGUUCCUCAUCUGCCAAGCGCAACCGGGUCGAGGUCGAUGAGGACGCUCAAAAGCACGGCGGCUGGUGGAAAGUAACGAAGCUAGCCGAAAUUACCGGUUCGGUGGCAGUUCAAUUUGGCAAGCGGGCCUUCAUUAGGGCACUAGACAAUGGCCUUUUUACGCUGGGGGCGCCACACGACGAAGGUGAUGGACCGGAUCCGGAAGAGAUAUUCACCGCCGUGCUGAUCAACGAGGAGAAGGUAGCCUUCAAGUCCGGCUACGGCAAAUAUUUGAAGGUGGAAAAGGAUGGCAUGGUGACGGGCAGAUCGGACGCUGUUUCGGCGGUGGAACAGUUUGAGCCGGUCUUCGAGGGGAACAAGAUGGCACUGCUAGCCGCCAAUGGAUGUUUUAUUUCGGUUGAUCCUGAGGACGAUGCAGUUGUGGCUAUUAAAAAAAAGGUCGGCGAAAACGAGGUCUGCGUUGUGAGAAGCUGCGCGGUGCGUGAACAGAAAUCCACUAAGGAGGUGGCUGUCGAAGAGGAAGGCGACCUGGACCAAGUGGAAGUUAAUUACGUGAGGAAGUUUCAGAAGUUUCAAGAUAAAAAACUACGUGUCAACACUGAGGACAAAGCGGCAUUGAAGCAGGCUAAGGAAGAAGGGGCACUGCACGAAGCUUUAUUGGAUCGGCGAAGCAAAAUGAAAGCGGACCGAUACUGCAAAUAGUUUAGUGGAUUCUUUCUAAAGAGCAACAAUAUAACGUGUAUCACACUAGAAAAUUG